CGAAUCCUUGCCUGGCAAGUUGCCAGGAAGGAACUUCUUGGCAGUCUUGGGUUGAGAAAGGUUCUGGCCACCGAUAAACACGUUCUAGAUUGGACGGAGCGUUUGCUUUCAGCCAUGGCGACGUCUUGGACAAGACUGGCUAAAGACCCUUUCAGCGUAGCCACUUUCAGCUCCCGCAGGAGUACAAAGUCUCAAAGGUCUGUUGAAGCAGGAUGCGCAAAGCCAUGUCUAUCAGAUUGGACUCAGGCUGGCGUGUCCAAUGUGACCGGGGUCAAGCUUUUGCCUUUGAAUACGUUUCUGACAAAUGCCAUUGGCCUUCGACAAAAGCUCCCAAAGCAGUCAUCAAAACGGCGAAAUGAUGUUGCACGUAUGGCUGUGGCGGCCCCAUCCAAACCUGUCCAAGAUGUGGACGCCCCAGAAGAAAACGUGUUGUACGAUGCAGUCAUCAUUGGUAGUGGUAUGGGGGGCCUAGUGACAGCAACACAGCUUGCAGCCAAGGGGGCCAAAGUGCUGCUGCUGGAGAAGUACAUUGUUCCGGGGGGCAGCGCAGCCUACUUUGAGAGGGAGGGGUACACGUUCGACGUUGGCUCCUCCAUGAUGUUCGGGUUUGGAGAUCAGGGCACAACGAACCUGCUGACACGCGCGCUCGCUGCGGUUGGGAAGAAAAUGGAGACGAUCCCCGACCCCGCAAUGGUGCACUACCACCUGCCAGACGGCCUCAGCGUGCGCGUACACCGAGACUACGAGGAGUUCAUUGCGGAGCUGACGUCGAAGUUCCCGCACGAAAAGGAGGGCAUCCGCAAAUUCUACGACGACUGUUGGAAGAUCUUCAACGCUCUGAACUCUCUAGACCUGAAGUCCCUCGAGGAGCCUCGGUAUCUGCUCGGCGAGUUUGUGAAGCAGCCCCUAGCCUGCCUAACCUUAGCUUACUUCCUUCCGGUGAACACUGGCGACGUCGCCCGCAAGUACAUCAAGGAUGAAACGCUUCUGCGCUUCAUCGACAUCGAAGACUACGCCUGGAGCACUGUCCCGGCAAGCCUCACUCCCAUGAUCAACUCCGGCAUGGUAUUAUGCGAUCGGCACUACGGCGGCGUCCGAUAUCCGAUUGGGGGAGUGGGCGGGAUUGCACAGACACUGGCAGACGGAUUGGAGGAACUAGGGGGCAAGAUCGCGUACAAGGCCAACGUAAAGCGGAUAUUGGUCGAAAAUGGUCAAGCGUCUGGGGUGCGGUUAACGGACGGGAGAGAGUACAAGGGCAAGACCAUCAUUUCGAAUGCUACUAGAUGGGACACUUUCGAAAAGCUGCUAGAACCAGAGAACAUGCCGGACGCCGAGAAGAAGUUCCAGACGCGGUACCGCAAGUCGCCGUCGUUCCUGUCGAUCCACAUGGGCGUCCGAGCGGACGCGCUGCCGGACGAUUCGGACGUCCACCACAUGGUGCUCGAGGACUGGUCGAAAAUGGAGGAGUCAUACGGGACCAUUUUCGUGAGCAUGCCCACGAUGCUGGACAAGUCGGUGGCGCCGAAAGACCGCCACAUAGUGCACGCCUUCACGCCGUGCUGGAUCGAAGAAUGGGAGGGCCUCUCGCCCGCCGACUACCGACAAAAGAAAGAACAAGUAGCCGACGAGAUCGUCGAUCGGCUAGAAAAGGGGUUAGGGUUCAAGGGUCUGAGACAAGCAACCGUCUUUCGGGAAGUGGGCACCCCGCGAACGCACCGAAAGUUCCUGGCGCGGGAGGACGGUACCUACGGACCGGUUCCCUCUCGGCGACCGCUGGGGCUCUUGGGCAUGCCGUUCAACACCACGGCGCUCAAGGGUCUCUACUGCGUCGGCGACAGCUGCUUCCCGGGGCAAGGGGUGAACGCGGUCGCCUUUUCGGGCAUGGCGUGUGCGCACCGCGUUGCCGCAGAUAUUGGUCUUGAAAAGACAAUACCAGUUCUAGACGGAGCCUUCAACAAGUUGCUAUCUACCGUUAGGGACAGGGUUUGAGGAGCCCUCUCUGUAUGCGGAAGGUCAAAUGAACAAGAAGCACCAUGAGUUCGCGACUCUGCGAUGUAAAUUUUGCGACUGGAGUUAUUAUUGGUCUUCGUUGGCCUCGGGAACUGGACUUACGUCAACACGAAGCUCCUUGUCAAUCUUGCUUAAAAUCUCUAAGGAUUCUGGGACCCUAAGCUUCCUAGCAAACAAACACCGCAUGUCUCCGUCUCGCAUGUUUUGUAUGUUUGUC